ACGCCCCAAUUUUCUUUUGGUUGUUUAUGGCCUUUAUCCUCUUUCUGUGUUUGGCUCCAAAAUUGUCCAUCACAUUGUCUUCAUGGAGUCUCUUUCCAUGGCUCUCUCCUGUACUCCAUCCCUCCAAACCCACCUCAAAACCCAUAAACCAAACACCAUCCCAUCAAUUUCUCUUCUCCUAAAAUCCAUCCCUUCCUUUAUUUCUUCUUCCCAACGAAUCAAAUCUCAUCAAACCCCUUUUCCCUCUUCCGUGGACAUCCAUCUCUCAUAUCUGAACCACCUUCAAAAGCCUCUUCAUGCCCAUCUUUCGCUUCUCAAAAACCCUGCAUUUUCCCAAAAUUUAGUGAAAGUUCAACUAUUUUUUAUGCUCAAUGAGCUCACUACUUCUGCUUUGCUUACUCUUCCUUCCUCUGCCUCAGAAUCUCUGGUCUCUUCAACAGAGCAAGUUUCCAACAAGAUUAAUCUGGAAGCAGUUUUAGUUUCAAUUGAUGAUUUUUUUAAUCGAAACCCAUUUUUUGUUGCUGGGUGUACUUUCAUUUGGCUUGUUGUUAUUCCUUUAACCCAGGAGUAUUUCAGAAAAUACAAGUUCAUCUCUGCCAUUGAUGCGUUUAGGAAGCUGCGGGACGAUCCCAAUGCACAGCUUUUGGAUAUUAGGGAAGAGAAGAGCUUGAAGUAUAUGGAUUCUCCAAAUUUAAAAAUUAUAAAUAAGGGUGUUGUGCGGGUUCAGUUUUCCGAGGAUGAUGAAGAUGGGUUUGUGAAGAAGGUAUUGGGAAACUUCGAGGACGCAGCUAAUACGGUUGUCUGUGUUCUAGACAAUUUUGAUGGUAAUUCCAUGAAAGUGGCUGAGUUAUUGUUCAAGAAUGGUUUCAAAGGAGCUUAUGCAAUCAAGGGUGGGGUCAGAGGCAAAAAAGGGUGGAUUGAAAUUCAGGAAGCUCUUUUUCCACCUUCUGUACAUAUCUAUCGUAAGAAGGUUACAACUUCACAAGAACAGGGGGUGAAUGGAGGAGUUAUUCGGAGUAAUGAAGAUGACAACAAGGGUACCUCUUCUGCAUAUGUUGAUAUUAGAGGAAGUCAAGGUAGAGACAAUGGACGUGUAACCAAGUCCACAAACUCUUCGCUAGAGAUAAAAAAUGGUUCAAGAUCAUCCUCUCCUUACCCUAAUUACCCAGAUUUGAAACCACCAUCUUCCCCUGCUCCAUCAAAGCCCUUUAAGUGAUGCUUUGUCUCUGAUUCUGAAGAUUCAACACCCUUUAGCCUGAUGCUCAUUCUACUUCCAAAUUUGAACAUUCCGAUUUUGACAAUCUUUAGUUCUGUACUUACAUCUGAUUUAAAUCCAGGUUUGUAAAACAAGAGUGCCCUAUUCAUUAGUGCAAGUAAAGAGCAGUACUUGUGCAUUUGGAUGUGGCACUGGCAUGUACAGUAUUUGUCAUUAUUGUGGGGAUUGUGCUCGGAAUAAACAUCUAGUUAGGCAACUGCAAAGAAGUGAUUGGAAUUCUUGUGUGGAUACCAGACUAUUCCAGACUUGUUGGACUUUUGUAUAAUGUAUUCACCAAGUUCAAAAUUUCGGUAUCAAUGGAAAUAUUGGAGGUUCAAAAUAUAUAAA